GUCAUUUCAAACAAAAACAGUACAAGGGAAAAGAAACACCAACACAACGUUUCGUCUCGGGGUUAGUGCCUUCUUCAGAGUAAACUAACUUGUUCAUUUAAGACCUCGUCAUUAUGCUUUUUAAUGAAUAUUACCCAGUACCGAGAGUAUCGGUACCAAGGUUUGGUAUUUCGGUACUAAAAAAUAGCCCGGUAAUACUCGGAUUGUCUUGUUUUAACGAAAUCACCUCUAACACUCAACCAAUUUCGAUGAAGUUUUCAAGGUAUGUAGGGUACCUUGAAAACCACAUAGAUCAGACCUUCCCCGCUCACCCUUGUACACUUUUUUCCACAAAAAUGUGAAAAUUUAUAUACAGGGUGUUACCGGUACCGUCGAGAUGGGCACCCUAUCCCCAAACGGUUCAACCACUUCAGUGACAAGCCGUCACUAUUGAUAUGACAUCAAGGGAAAGGGGUAAAAACAAAACGAAAAACUACAGAGACAGAACGUGAAUUUGCUACUCAUGCUAUUUCUUAUUAUAGUUAAUUAUUCUACCUUAAAACUACUUAUUUGUGCUUAAGACUAGUGUUGUUUGCAGCUUACAAACUAGUGAAGGUAAAACUAUUGAAUUACACGCAAAACUGUAUACUAAAUGUUAAAAUUAUCUAAACUAAUUAGGCACUAAAAACUAACCUAAAACCGAGUUGGACAGUGCAAGAAGCGUCCAGAACUAUAAGGGACACUGAAAAUUUUAAAGCGAUAAUAAAUCGUCUACGAAAAUCAGUGGUCGCCCUUUCAUUCCUGUCGCAACACUUCUUUAAAAUUUUCACCCGAGAUGAGUCAUCAUCCCGCCACUAGCAACAAGUAUGGAUGCGGUGGAUGUGACCGGCCGGACGAAGCGGACAACCUGGUCCAAUGCGACGUCUGUGAUGCAUGGUGGCAUUUCAGUUGUGCCGGCGUUACGGGAUCAAUUACCGAUCGUUCGUGGAUGUGCACCCGCUGUAAACGCACCUCCCGCGCUUCCUCCAGAGCCAGUGUCACGAGUCGAUCGUCUUCGCAACUAGCGGAGAGUAUGGCACGUCUGCGCGAACGCCAAGAGCUGCAGAAACGGCGCACAGAGGUUGAGCUGGAAAAGAAAUUCCUCGAGAAGCAACGAGAAUUGCUGGAAGCUUCGAUUGCCGCCGAAGUAGAGAGAAGAAGCCAGGUGAGUCGAACGGAUAGCCGAAGGAGAGUCCAAGAUUGGAUCGAGAGCAGCGCGGACCAGACAACGAGCGCGGCUGAGGGAAAUCGCCAGCCAGCAGCUUCAGUGGUUCAGCAGCACGACACUCAUCCACGUCAGGGGAACUCGAAUGCCGCAGCGGCGGCAGAUAAUUUGGACAUUCAACUGCACAGCUCCCCUCUUCGCGAUCGGACAAUCCCUGCUUUCGAGGCCACGGGAGACUUUAGCGAUCUUCAACCACUGCCGGAGGUAAUCAGUCAACACAAUGCCAAGGAUCUUAUCCGUGAAUUACGUGUGAGACUGGAGCGCUGCUUACUGCAGUCGGAGCCAACAUCGCCUCAAUUGGCGGAUCUGCAGCAACAGCUGCAGCUAUGCAGAGAAGAGAUAGAAGGAAUGCAUUCUACUGUGUACCGUUUAACGACGGUGUCGAUGCCAGCGGCCCAAACCGACAACAUAGGAACAACGGUAGGCAGUAACGACGAGCUCGUACAACCGGUAGCCAAACCGCUAGGUGCUAUCCCAAAGCACGGGCCGAACGAGUUCCUUCAAGGUAAGUGUCAUGCCUCCGAAAACCAAAUCGAAAUAAACAAUAUCUCUCAACCGAAAUCACAUCCAAUCAUGCAAAUUCCCCCUCAAGAGCAGCAGCGUAUAGCCCACGCGCGCUCUAAUGCAAUAAAUAACGAGCAACCGACUGUUACCCAACACACUCCUUUUCCCCCUGCAAUAACCCAAGUACCACACCUACGACAGUAUGCUUUCGGGUGCCAACCCCCAGUGCAACAAGAGUUAGUGCUUCCGCCCCCAGUGCAGCAGCCAACAGUGCAGCAAUCAGCUAUGCAGCAGCCUCCAGUGCAGCAGCAUGCAGAGAGUCAGCAUCCAGUGCAGCAGCCACCAGCGCAGGAGCCGUUGUUGCAGUCACGUACGGGACAGCAAUCCGCGAUGCAGGAGCCACCGGUGCAGCAGUACAUAGAGAAACAGCCUCCAGUGCAGCAGCCGCCGUUAGUGCAGCAGUUCUCUGUGCAGCAGUCAAUCAUGCAGCAGCCGUUGGUGCAGCAGAUUGUAGAUCGUCAGAACCCAGUGCAUCAGCAUUCGGUGCAGCAACCGUCGAUGCAGCGGCACGUAGAGCAUCAGCAUCCAGCGCAGCAGCCACCAGUGCAGCAGCCAUCAGCGCAGCAGCCAUCAGUGCAGCAGCCAUCAGUGCAGAAGCCAUCAGUGCAGCAGCCGUCAGUGCAGCCGCCGUCAGUGCAACAGCCUUCAGUGCAACAGCCUUCAGCACAGGAGUAUUUGGUUCACCCGCGUAUGCAGCAGUGUCAAGUUCGCCAUUCUCAGGUGCAGCAGCCUUCGGUGCAACAAUCUUCAACGCAGCAUCCAUCUGAGCAGCAGCAUGUAGAACGUCAUCAUCCAGUGCCACGGCCAUCUGUGCCGCAUGGUCAAAUCCAACGACCAAUGCAGCUGAGUUCGGCUCAGCAACCGUCUGAGCAGCUGCCGCCCAUGCAGCAGCCGUCGAUGCCGCCGCCGUUAGUGCAGCCGUCUACACUUCAACAGCAGUCAGUGAGUUGGACAUCAAUGCAGGCACGUCCGGUUCAACAGUAUCCAAUCCAGCAGUAUGCAGAGCAGCCGAAUCUGCUGCCACAGUUUCCACUGCAGGCACCAUUGUUACAACAGUUUCCAACGCAGCAGCCUUCGAGGCAGCAACUUCCUGUCGGUACUCUGCCAGUGUCGUCUGUAGGCACGGUACCAGACGUGAACGGGCAGGACAGAAGAGUGGACGAACUGCCCACACAGCAACAGCUAACCUCUCGUCAAUCUUUAGCACGAGAUCUGCCUACGUUUUCUGGUGAUCCAGCCGAAUGGCCGAUAUUUAUCUCCAACUUCGAGUACACGACAAGAACAUGCGGGUAUACAAACGGAGAAAACAUGGUGCGCCUACAAAGAUGCUUGCGAGGACGUGCAUUAGAAAGUGUGCGCAGUCGUUUAGUCUUUCCAACUGCCGUACCUCAAGUGAUAGAGACGUUGCGGAUGAGAUAUGGUCGUCCGGAGUUGCUUAUCAACGUUUUGUUGCAGAAGGUGAAAGCGAUGCCCAGUAUUCGAGGAGACAAGUUGGAAGCCCUCAUUGAGUUCGGGAUGGCGGUUCAAGAACUGUGUGACCACAUCGAAGCAGCGGAUGAAAGAGCGCAUUUUUCGAACCCCACUCUCCUGCAGGAGCUCAUUGGGAAGUUGCCCGCAGAUCAGAAGCUGAUGUGGGCAGGUUUCAAGCGCGGCCGUGUGGGGGUGGAUCUCAAGACAUUCAGCGAGUAUAUGGUCGGCGUAAUGCAAGAUGCUUCAAGUGUGGUGCUCUACGAACAGGAUUCACGAAAGGUCGGGAACAGAGAGAAGACGAAAGGGUUCAUCAACUCGCACGUAACCAGGACUGACGAAACACUCUCUUCGACGUCAUCGCAGCACAAGUCGAGCGGGUGCCUCCAUUGCGAUAAAGAUGGCCAUAAGCUUCGAGAAUGCCAAGCGUUCAGGGCUCUUUCCGUCGACGAUCGCUGGCGACGUAUUCGGUCACUGAACCUGUGUCAGAUAUGCUUGUACAGUCACGGAAAAAGAUCUUGUCGGAUAAACAAUCGGUGCAAUGUAAACGGAUGUCAAUUCAAACACCAUCCACUGCUGCAUGGAAAGUCUACGACUCCGACAACACACGCAGGCAGCACCCACACUCACCAAUUACUCGAUUCGGGUAUCCUAUUCCGGAUCAUACCAGUCACGCUUCAUGGGAAGUCUGGCAAAAUUAACACCUUUGCCUUCCUGGACGAGGGCUCUUCAUCAACGUUGGUCGAAGAAAAUCUGGUAGCGCAGCUUGGCUUGACUGGAGAAUCGCAACCAAUCUGCCUCAAAUGGACCGGGAACACCUCGCGUGAAGAAAAGGAUUCUCGUCUGGUAUCGUUCACAAUUUCCGGACCUGGGCAGAAGCGACUUCGUAAGCUCGUGAACGCUCAUACCGUGAGGAACUUGAACCUACCAACGCAAACAUUCGAGCUAGAAGAGGCGGCAGAAAAGUUUGCCGAUUUGAAGCAACUGCCGAUUCAAAGCUACCGCAAUGCGAAACCGGAAAUUUUGAUCGGAGUGGACAACCUGAAGCUUGCUGUACCGCUGAAGAUAAAUGAAGGAGAUGGAACUGGACCGGUCGCCAUUAAGACGCGACUGGGAUAGUGUGUCUAUGGGCGACAAAGUUCUCGAAACAACGAAAGAUUCUGCUUCCAUGUUUGCGGAUGUACGAGAGACGAUGAGCUACACGAUACCGUGAAGCAGUUCUUUGCGGUGGAAGAGAAUGGAGUGAAGCAGCUGGAAACUACGCUCAGUCCGGAUGAAAGGCGUGCUCAGGAAUUGCUGGAGACGACGACUAAACGAAUCGGUAGCCACUUCGAAACAGGCCUACUGUGGAAGGAGGACGAGAUCGAACUACCGGACAGCUACGGCAUGGCGUUGCGACGACAUCAGUGCCUUCAACGGAGGAUGGAGCGGCAGCCAGCUCUGAAAGAGAACAUAAGCCGGCAGAUACAGGAAUACAUCGACAAAGGCUAUGCUCAUCGAGCCACUUCGACAGAUCUAGAGACGGCAGAUGCCAGGAGAAUUUGGUUUCUACCGCUAGGAGCCGUCACGAACCCAAAUAAACCUGGAAAGGUGCGGCUUAUAUGGGACGCAGCAGCAAAAGUUUCUGGUGUAUCGCUGAACAGUGUCUUGUUGAAAGGACCGGACCAGCUAACAUUGUUACCAGCU